AGACUUACGGUCUCCGUCCCCGAUUAUGGCUCCUGGUCUAAUUUAAAGUUGAGCGGUCAAACUAAUUAUCAUCCUUUCUAUGUUGAAGCUAAGAUGAAAAUGGAGUUUAUGACCGUGUUUAAGGAGGCAGAAGAAUUGUGUGUCUCAGACGAAUAAAGCGUCCAGAUUAUGAGCUCGAGACUUAUAUCGCGUGAUAGUUGACGAGGGCGCAGCCCCAGUCCACAAUCACGCGAUAGAAAUCGAGAGCGAUUGACUUAAUUGCUUUAGUAUAAAUCCACUAAAUCUACGGUAAAUUCUUCAAAUCGUCUUCGCCGCCAUUUUGUUAACAACCGCGCAGUGUUUCCUGAUCAAUGAUUACCCAUCUACACCCCCACCCCUCAACCCCGCAAGUAAAUUUGUCACUUUUCCGCGAUUAAAAGAUAAACUUGCCAAACAGCGUAAAAGCAGUGCAGAAAAGUUGAAUUUAGCCAAAAGUACUCCACAUAACAAUUGCGUAAAUAGCAAUAUUUUGGCGAGAAAAUUGUGAAAGUGCUGAGUGUGAGAACUUACGGAAACUCAAUAUUUUGGCGCCAAAAACAGGUCUCUCGAGGUACCAGGGAAUCUUCAACGCGUACAGCUCCUUCCGUGGAGGUAUGGAGCUAACAGCACAAUACAGCUGAUUGAAGAAAUGUGUUCUUACUGAGGCCUAAAAGUGUACUCGACAAUGUCGAAAGGUAUCAUGGGUAAUUGUGGUUCACGGUUGCUUGAUUGAAGCUCAAGGUGUUUUAGCGUGAUGGAAGGAGACACCACAAACACGUGUACUCAUGCUUUGUCCCUCCUUCUUGAUGAUGUAACGCCAGUCUAUUAUUACCCAUAAUACCAAUCGGCACCGUCGCGGACGCUUUUCGCUUUUGAGAGACAAUCUUUCUCGAAACAGCUGUGUAUACAUCGUAAAGGCGUUCUGUAGCUUGUUUCAGUCAAUGUCAUCACACAUACAUGUAUUUAAGGUUGUGUUGUUCACUGGGACAAUUUCGGCUAUAGAUAAAGCCGGAAAAGUCCGGAAAUACAGUGAAAAAACUUCGUCUUGUGUUUAGCGAGGUAAAAGUGCAAGCUGUUUUCACAAGAGAAAAUAAGGGAAUACCUCGCCUUUAUAACCAGAAAUUGGCGCAAAGUUAUACUCCGUCCCGAGAUAGUAUAACUUGUCCUACUAAAUACCGCUGCCAAUCUUAUUGCUUGUAGUGUCAGGUAGCUGAGUGAGUGGAUUAUAUGUUGGGUUAAAAUUGAUAGUGAAAACAGAUGUCAGAUUUGACUAGUAAAACUCGGUCUGUAAUUACACAAACACCUAUAGGAAAAAUGUUCAGCUAGUAAAUCGCCAAGGUGAGAAUGCAACCUACGCGACUAGUGUUAAUGACAUAUCAGAUGUCCACUGGCGGGCUUCAGAAAGGUUUCAAAAAAGGCACCUGCUUAUCAAAAAUUAUGUUGAUAACUUAGAAAUUUUAAUAACUUGUUCAGUUAAAAAAAAAAAGGUUUAACUUUCACAUUGUAACUCAUCAUUUUACCCGAAUAUCGCCGAAAAACAGAAUCAGGAACAAGCUCGGAGCACGAAACCGUUCAGCCUUACGAAAAAUCAAAUGUGUGUGUGUUUUGUGGCACAACUAUGAAUGAAUCCACAUUUCACAAUGGGACUUCAAGCACCUCUUCGCUAUCAGAGCUCGAUAUUUACUCUCAGCUAAGCCCUAUAUUUUACCUUUGUUUCGUCGUUUUGGAUGCGUUACUCGCUUUUGUGAUCACUUCAGGAAAUUUUCUCCUGCUUGUUACAAUCUACCGCGAUCCUUUCCGAUGCCUGCGAACCCCAACAACCUUUCUCAUCGCUAAUCUCGGAGUGGCUGAUUUCCUUGUUGGAGCUUUCCUAGGAUUCGGUCGUACAGUGGAAAUGUAUUUCCUAUAUCUCGGUCAACAAGAACUGCCGUAUUUAAAUACUUUCCAAUAUCUCGUAGGCGGAUUGGCCUUGUUUGUAGCUGUUUGUUCCUUUAUGGCGAUGUCGUGGGACCGUUUCGUUGCAGUUACAGACCACUUAAACUACAAGAGCAGGGUAACAGUGAAAAAAGUGAAGUUCUGCAUUGUUGGAAUUUGGCUGAAUGCGUUGUUUUUGGCUGUGUUGCCCGCCGCUGGCGUGAGAAAGGUGAAUUUUCUCUUUGCCUAUUGUUACACGCAUUUUUUCCUUCCAGCAAUCGUUCUAACAGCUACGUACAUUGUGAUCUUCAGGACGUUGUCUAAAAAACUUCGAAACACAGCGCAGCAAGUUUCAUCGGGCAAAUCACCCAUUGACCCGCAGCGAAAUAUAUAUCACGAGAGAAGAUUGGUUCUAGCGAUUUUCCUUGUGUUAAUUGUUUUUUACACUUGUUUUACUCCAUAUUUCGUGAAAGUACAUCUGUGGUUUUUCUGUGAAGAGUGCGAAAAGAAUGCCUCAUUUUUAACAUAUCACUUCAUAUCAAAUGAUAUUUUGUCUCUUUCUUCGCUAUUAGACCCUGCUAUUUACGCUUGGCGACUCCAGCGCUUUCGUAAUACGUUUUUGAGAGUGCUGGGUUUAAGAAGAAACAUUGUAAUGGCACAUUCCGUAUUCCAAACAUGUUAAUAUUUACUUCCGUUUUCGUGAAUAAAAAAGCUGGCCAAAUAUAUGCUGUUCGCUGUUAUUUUAAGAAAAAUAAACUAGGCGUUUUUGUAUGUUUAAGGCAGAGACUUCAUAAACAAAUUUGCACAUUGGGUGUUUUUCAUCUCUGAAGAGGACGAGCACACUUUAUUUAGGUUUUGAAUAACAAGAUGGAAAGCGUAAUGCCCUGAUUUCCCAGCAGUUCAGACUCGAAUAUUAUUAUCUUUUACCCCUGUUCUGCGUUUGACAAGCCAUAUUUUCCUGCCGAUCGAUGCUUUGAUGUGAAAAAAUAAAUGGCUUCUUUGUAGCCGCUUCUAAUAAAUAAUAUGACAAAGAAUUAAUCAUGUUAAUAACUUAUGUUUUCAAUAGUUGGCACUUCUGAUCAAACUGGGUUUGCAUAAUUUAAAAGUUUCUCACUUCGCGAAAAGAAAUCUAUUCUUCAAUUACUCAGUGUUAAUUCGACGAAAUAUGAGAAACCUGACUCACUGAGCUCCAGAAAAAUGCAUUCCACUUACUGUCCCAAAUAAAGAAUAUCGAACAAGGUUUACUGGCUUUAAUUUAUAAUGUCGACUUCCCACACAACUCUAGUCAUAUAUUUCUUGGUAAAUUACCAAUUUCCCUUCAGUUAUCGGCAAAGUUGCCAUUUCUUUCCAAAUCUGACAUCAGCGAAAACGGUUUAAUAGACCUUGACAGGAUUCUGGCAGCCGUUUGACAGGUUCAGAAAAAUGAUGAAUUUGCAAUAUCAACAUUUUCCUGAACCGUCAUUUCCCAGCGAUUUAAAACACAUAAAUCUGAAGACAAAUUUGAACUUUUAGCUUUUCGCCGGCUACAUCUAUUUGCAUUGACGAAAUUGGUUCAUUGGAUAGUCUGCGUAACUUGUGAUGGGCUAGAGUGAUUACUUUGGUUUGGUUUUAUGACACUCACUUGAAAACCGCUCGAAAGUGAAAACGUUGGCUAAUGAAA